CUCAUCUCAGUUCAUCUGAUCUCGCAAAGUGAAUGGACAUCGGUCAGCCGAGAACUUUUCGCGCAGUUUGUGUAUAAAUAGUGUCGUUGGGUCUGGUUUGGAAACAGAAUCAACUUUGGAUUAAUCUAGCAGACAUCGUCUUGGAUCUUCUGGAAAAAUGAAAUUCUUUGUCAUUGCCUUUGCUGUGAUCGCAGCUGCCUCGGCGGCCUCCAUUGCCACGGAUUACCUGCCGCCAGUGGACAACAACCUGGAAUCUGCCUCCGAUCUCGUGGAGGUGCCCGCCGAGCAGGGAGUUCUCUCCGACGAUGGAUACCGCUACAAGACCGUGCGCCGCCUGAAGUUGCGCCACCGUCGUGAUGUGAACGAGCUCCCCUCCGGUGAAUACCUGCCCCCUGUGGAGGAGUCCGCCUCCGAGUCUUUUGGCGUCGAGACUCCUCUGGCUGAUGAUGGCUACCGUUACAAGACCGUCCGCCGUGUGAUCCGUCGUCGUCGCGACGUGAAUGAGCUCUCUGCCGAGUACCUGCCUCCCGUUGAGGAGUCGGCUUCUGAUUCUAUUGCCGUCGAGACUCCCCUGGCUGAUGAUGGCUACCGUUACAAGACUGUCCGUCGUGUGAUCCGUCGUCGUCGUGAUGUUUCCGAGCUGUCCCCUGAGUACUUGCCCCCUGUUGAGGAGUCGGCUUCUGAUGCUUUUGCCGUCGAGACUCCCCUGGCUGAUGAUGGCUACCGUUACAAGACUGUCCGUCGUGUGAUCCGUCGUCGUCGUGAUGUCUCCGAGCUGUCCCCUGAAUACCUGCCCCCUGUUGAGGAGUCCGCCUCUCAGGCUAUUGCUGUGGAGACCCCUCUUGCUGAUGAUGGCUACCGUUACAAGACCGUCCGUCGUGUCAUCCGCCGCCGUCGUGAUGUCAAUGAGCUCCCUUCUGCUGAGUACCUGCCCCCUGUUGAGGAGUCCGCCUCUCAGGCUAUUGCUGUGGAGACCCCUCUGGCUGAUGAUGGAUACCGCUACAAGACUGUCCGUCGUGUGAUCCGUCGCCGUCGUGAUGUGAACGAGCUGUCCGCCGAAUACCUGCCCCCUGUUGAGGAGUCCGCCUCUCAGGCUAUUGCCGUGGAGACCCCUCUUGCUGAUGAUGGCUACCGUUACAAGACCGUCCGUCGUGUCAUCCGCCGCCGUCGUGAUGUCAAUGAGCUCCCUUCUGCUGAGUACCUGCCCCCCGUUGAGGAGUCCGCCUCCGAGGCUAUUGGUGUGGAGACCCCUCUGGCUGAUGAUGGAUACCGCUACAAGACCGUGCGUCGUGUGAUCCGUCGCCGCCGUGAUGUCUCUGAGCUGCCUUCCGGCGAGUACCUGCCCCCCGUGGAGGAGGCCGCCUCUGCCAUCAUUGAUGUGCCCGCCGAGCAGACCGUCCUGGCCAGCGAUGGCUACCGCUACAAGACCGUCCGUCGUCUGAAGCUCCGUCGCCACUAAGCCGCCGAUUGUGUCACCUCCCACCGCAGCAUUUGAGAUUUUCGAGGAUGUUUUUCCAGAAGAAGUCCUGACUUUGACAGUCUCAAAGUGAAACUAACAAUAAGUCGAGCGUAUUAGUCAAUUUGAAUCCACUAUGAACAACCCGAGUACAAACCCGAACUAACAAUAAUAAAAACAUUUUUAAAACAAAAA